AUGUCGUAUUCUAACGGCAGCGGCGGCACUCUUACCCUCCCAUCACCAACCAGUAUCCAUCACGUGGAUGUCACUGCUGCGGUGCGAUCGUUGAGACGCUCCAUCUCCCGUUCACCUUCAAAAUUCAAUCUAGUGAGGGCAGCAUCUCAGAGCUCCGACGGCUCCCUUUCGUCUCCAAAUUCACCGUCACCCUGUCGCGUCAUACAACGACCUAUGCCACCAGCAUCUGCUCCCCAUCUGUCGCAUCAGUACUCGCAGUCUAAUCUCGCAACACCUUUCCGAGCUGGUGUCAAGCUGUCCCUGCGCUCCGGCAAACCGAAGGCCGCAUCUGCCAAACCCAUCUCUCGAGCUCAUCGCGUCUCCCCAAAGAGCCCAAUGAAGCGCGCCCUUAGCAACGCAACAGAUUCUGGAAACUCGAUCCUCUCGUCUUCACCGCCCGCCACAGACCCAUUGGAAGGGCAAGAAAACGAUCUGUUUGGCAACCUUCCAAUGACUCUGAGCCCCACCUCCCGCAAGAGCUCUGAGAAACACCACUCGCGCCACUCCAUGCAUCUUGACGUGUCUGGCGCGUCCAAAAAUACCUUCCCGCGUCUGUUCGACUUCAAGACGGAUCCAAUACCCUCGAACUCAAUCAGUCCGCUGAAGCGUAGCGAUGCGGUCAUGAAUCCCGAUCAGGCGCAUAUUGACAACCCAGUCGCGAAGCGCCGCAGUUUGCACGGCAUCUCGAACUUUCCCACCGGGGCUUCUGACAUAUUCGACGUUUCUUCGCCUGCGCCUCAGUGCUUCGAGAUCCACGAAGAUCCAAGCAGAGAAUAUGAGCUGGGCCACGGGUCCUCGAUUUUCCGCGACACCCAGGCCUCGCCAACACCGGCCGCGAUGCCUCGCCGAUCUGACUCAUUGCGCAGAUCGACGCUUCAGCAGAGGCAAGACGACAGGUCGUCAUGGGGAAGACGCCAGGGCGAAAAGCAUCUGGCUCAACUUGGAGCUGAAGCCUCGACUCCCAUUGCUCGGAACAGACCUCGUGUGUCUCUAGAUCAGUUCGUUCAACCAGCACUUCCCCGCGACAGUCCGUUUUCCACGCAGCCACCACUGCCCAACCCGUCACUGCAUAUGCUAGACCGACAAAAUGCUCCGCCACAGCCUCAUCCAUUGUCGCGGUCGCUCACGACCUCGUCUUCGAGCUCGAGUAUUGCAGACGAGUCUCCCACCCAUAUUCCCGUGCAAUUCGAAAAGCCGAGAGCACAUCCAUUCGCAAAGUCACUGCCCGUGGGAGCGCGGCCUGCACACGACGGCGGCAACAGGAAUACAGCGACGCCAGCUUACAAGUCAGCGAGGCCUCUUCAGGAUGCCUUCAAGUCGACAGGCUUGAUUUCGAAGGUUAACCGCAAUCCAGAAAAGGAGCCUUCAUUUAAAGCAAUCAUGCCUGAUACCCCUUGCAAGAAGCCAAUCUACCCUUCUAACACAUACCCACCCUCGUCUGGCGGCGGCAAGGGACGACAUCGUCAUUCCUUUGGGUCGCCCUCCAGUCCAUUUGCUCCUGGCCGCAAAGACAACUUCGUGCUCGGAGAGCCUGACAAGGUGGCCAGCUUGUUUAGGCCUCUCCAAUCCGGCCACACUCGCAAGGGCAGCAUCUUCAACUUCGAUUCGGAUAUCGAUCCUCAGAGCUUUGCUGAUAUUGAGUUCCCGCCCACGCCAACGAAAUCGGUCUUGUUCAGGAGCCUUGGAAAUUCCAGAUCAGUCGGUGCAGUCGGUGAGACCCCUUUCGCGAGAACCAUGCCGGCUCCCGUCUCCGCUGUUGGCUUCCGCGAUCGCCGCCCAACUCCCGACCCAAUGUGUAAGUCGAUAUCUUUCCAGGAGAGCGCGACGGCCAAGGGCAAUGCGAAUCAGACAUCCUUCGGGGCAGCCAAAACCACUGCUGCUCUCGAAGGCGAUCUGUCCUCGCCACUCUCAGAAUCACUCCUCUCUCUCGGUGAUUCUCGAGCUUGGCGAGGGUCCCAUCUGACCCCCAAGCCGCUCAAGCUUCAUUCUACUACCCCGACUCUAUCCAGUCAAAAGAAAGUUGAGUUUGCUGAAACUGCCUACGUGAUCACAGCAAGCCCAUUGGGCCCUCUGGACAACUUGAGAUCUAGUUCACCCAAAACCCCAUGUGACAGCAGCAACAUCAUGCCUCCCGACCCCAGCUCUCUCUCUAUCUCUAACCACGAGGCGCCGGGCAACACAACAUUUGGAUCAUUUCCACCAGCAACACCGACCUCAAGGCAGGUUGACCAUUUUGGUUUCGCAGACCGUCGCAUGAGCAUCACGCCUGUCAAUGGCCAUGGUCCGAGCGACGUUGACAUGGUUCUCAACUCCCUCUUUGACCACGUUGAACUUAUUGGUAAGGGCGAAUUCUCUCAGGUUUUCAAGGCCACAGAGACAGGCGAUCAAAAGACCGUGGCUUCCAUAAGCGGCACUCCUGGCACGCCUCCAACACCAUCGCAAGCCCGCGUGUUCGCUGUGAAGAAGACCCGACUUCCUUUCUUCGGCGCAAAGGAUCGCGAGUCUAAGCUUCGGGAAGUCAACAUACUAAAGGCCCUUCGUGGUCGCCCCCAUGUACUGCAGUAUGUCGACAGUUGGGAGAAGCAAUUCCAUCUUUACAUCCAAACCGAGUAUUGUGAGGAGGGUAGUCUUUCGGAGUUCCUGGGCAAUGUCGGCUCUGCAGGUCGCCUGGACGACUUCAGAAUCUGGAAGAUCUUGGUCGAGGCUAGCAUGGGCCUGCAGAGCAUCCACGAAGCUGGCUUCAUUCACCUCGAUUUCAAACCGGCAAACGUUCUGAUCAAUUACGAAGGCACUCUCAAGAUUGGGGACUUUGGCUUGGCGACGACUUGGCCAGCGGCUCGAGGCAUCGAAGGUGAAGGAGAUCGGCGGUACAUCGCCCCAGAGAUUCUUCAGGGCAAGUACGACAAGCCCGCCGAUGUAUUCGCGCUUGGCUUGAUCAUGUUUGAGAUCGCCAGCAAUGUCUGGCUCCCUGACAACGGACCUCAUUGGAUUGCGUUGCGGGAGGGAAACUUUUCCGCUGUUCCCACCGGUCCUCUCACUGGGAGCGAAGCCGACGCCUUGGUCCGAGACGCGACGGGCAUGCCCAUCGUUGGGGACCUCGACGCCACGACCGGAGUAUCCCCACUCCUUCCGGACGAGCACAGCGCCGGCGAGGCACGCUUUUAUACAGACGACAGCCGGCAUAACUUUCCCUUCAACUUCACAACCUCAUCUACCCAUGAUGCCAGCAACUUGUUUGGUACUCCGAAGCGUGUCGAGCUCGAGCACCCUCCCCAGUUUAUGGUCGACGCGGGAGAUCAUAACUCGCUCGACAACAUUGUUCAAUGGAUGCUCGCCCCAGAGACAGCGGAUCGGCCCACAAUUCAACAGGUGCUCGAUAUAGAGUCUGUCAGAUGGGUCACUACUCAUCGCCGUGCCGGCGCUACUGUCUUCGAGGGCAACUGGGGUCCUCAGGAUGACGACCAGGAUGACAAUCAAAGUGAUACGGUGAUGACGGAUGCCUGA